UCGAGUGCCUUGUUUACUCACUCGAAUCAUGAAGAGGAAUCUCAGAUAGAACAAUACAAAUAUGAAUGAAAACAUGCUCAAGAAAACCGGGCUUUUCGAGGCCAAUCGCCAGCAGAAUGGUGUCGAAGGUGAUUCCUGUUACCCUUGGCCUCUGGCUUUUGAGCGGGGGGAUUUCCUUGCCCUCUGUGAGUGGCUGGGAACGAGAGGCAAUAUUGGAUCCAUUGGGCAAGGUGCACCUGGCAUGGACCCCCCAUCUCGAAACCAAGGUCAUCGAGUUUGAAUACACCGUCCAGACCCUGGGAUGGGUGGGAUUGGGAUUCUCUCCUACGGGAGGGAUGCGAGAUUCCGACGUCAUCACAGCUUGGAUCAAGAACGGACAAGUCUUCUUCGAUGAUAGACACGUGCCUGUAGACCAUGAACUUCCAAGAGUAGACGAUGUGUCCAACUAUAACCUGAUAUCUGCUGUGGAAACAGACACAGCGACCAUCAUUCGCUUCACGAGGGAAUUCGAUACCUGCGACCUCGAACAGGACUACUUCAUCACGAGAGACACAGUGAAAGUGAUAUAUGCCUUUGGGGAAACGGAUCCCGAAGGAGAGGAUCCUUUUUAUCACGGAAGUGACAACAGGGGAACGAAAUCCUUGUAUCUACUCGACCCGCCACUAGGUGAGAUUCCUGACGAUCCGUCAAUCAAGGAAUGGAUCGUGAGCAGCGAAAUGGUGAUUCCGGAAGUAGAUACCACUUAUUGGUGCACUAUCCAAAAGACACCCGAAGUGGACGUCACACAUCACAUUAUCGGCUACAAGCCAUACGUGAAACCGGGGAACGAGAAGUACGUCCAUCACCUGCUCCUGUUUUCCUGUAGUGUUCCGGAUGAACUGGUGGACAUGUUCAACUCGUGGUCAGAACACAGCGGGGUCUUGUGCUUUGGGCCGGAUCACCCUCCGGAAUGGUAUCUCUGUCGAAGUACUCUUCUCGCCUGGGCUGUCGGCGGUGAGGGGGAAACCUAUCCAGAGAACGUCGGGUACGUUAUGCCCGAGGGAGGAAUGUUCUUCAUGAUGGAAAUGCAUUACGAUAACCCAGAAAUGGAAUCCGGGAUCCAAGAUAACUCCGGCCUCACCGUCUACUACACGGAUGUUCUUCGUCCCAUGCAAAUGGCCACCUUGGAAGUCGGCGCCUCCGUCGGUCCUACACAGAUAAUCCCAGCGAGACAGAGCCUUUUCGUCCAUUCUGGGCACUGCAGCCCCAGAUGCACGGAGGUCGUCUUCCCACCGGAAGGGAUCCACGUCUUCUCCGGCCUCCUCCAUUCUCACUUGAUCGAAUGCGAAUACGAUUCUUCGGAACGAGAUUCAGUGACACUGCAAGGCUUCGGAACCACAGAAGAGAUGUGUCUCGCUUUCUUUCAGUACUAUCCAGCUCAGGACGUUAGUACCUGCAGCAGUUAUCCCGAUUUCGAGGAGUUCUUCACUCUGUUCGACAUCACCGACAUCUGGCUGGACCAAGAGAACGGAUACGAGUACAUGGUGUCGGAAAACCAGACCCUGGUGGACUAUCUGAACGAGUUCGACUGGUCGGGCAUCGACUUGGAAGACCUUCAAUAUCUCCUUCGUUACAAUCCUCACUAUGUGCAAUGCUUGAACAACAUGGCGGAAUUCAUCCUCGCGGUUCGUUUUACCGUGGGCUUCUGCCUCGUGAUCGGAGGGAUUUCCUUGCCCCAUGUGAGUGGCUGGGAACGAGAGGCAAUAUUGGAUCCAUUGGGCAAGGUGCAACUGGCAUGGACGCCUCAUCUCGAAACCAAGGUCAUCGAAUUUGAAUACACCGUCCAAACCCUGGGAUGGGUGGGAUUGGGAUUCUCUCCCACAGGAGGGAUGCUCAAUUCCGACGUCAUCACGGCUUGGGUCAAGGACGGACAAGUUUUCUUCAGCGAUAGACACGUGCCUGUAGACCAUGAACUUCCGAGAGUAGACGAUGUGCCCAAUUACAAUCUGAUUUCUGCUGUGGGAACGGACACAGCGACCAUCAUUCGAUUCACGAGGGAGUUCGACACCUGCGACCUUGAACAGGACUUCUACAUCACGGGAGACACGAUCAAAGUGAUAUAUGCCUACGGAGAAGCAGAUCCAGAUGGAGAGGAUCCAUAUUAUCACGGAAUCGACAACAGGGGAACGAAAUCCUUGUAUCUACUCGACCCUCCACUAGGUGAGAUCCCGGACGAUCCUUUGAUCAAGGAAUGGACUGUAAGCAACGAAAUGGUGAUUCCGGAAGCAGAUACCACUUAUUGGUGCUCCAUCCAGAAAACACCCAUAGUAGAGAUCACGCACCACAUCAUCGGCAGCAAGCCGUACGUGAAGCCAGGGAAUGAGAAGUACGUGCAUCACCUGAUCCUAUACGCCUGCAGCGUGCCAGAUGAACUGGUGGGAAUGUUCGACUCGUGGGCGGAGCAGGACGGGGUCCUGUGCUACGGUUCCGAUCACCCUCAGGAAUGGCAUCUCUGUCGAAGCAUACUCAUUGGCUGGGCUGUGGGUGGUGAGGGAGAGACCUAUCCGGAGAACGUGGGAUACGUUUUGCCCGAGGGUGGAAUGUUCUUCAUGUUGGAAAUGCAUUACGAUAAUCCCGAAGCAGUGUCAGGCAUCCAGGAUGAUUCCGGCCUCACCGUCUACUACACGGACGUCCUUCGACCUCUGGAAAUGACCACGCUGCAAGUUGGCGCCGCCAUUCACGCUGCAGAGAUCAUCCCAUCGGGACAGAAGCAGUUCUUCCAUGCCGGCCACUGCAGCUCCCUCUGCACUUCGACCGUCUUCCCGCCCGAAGGGAUCCACGUCUUCUCCGGCCUUCUCCAUUCUCACUUGAUCGGAAGGAAAAUGCGAGUCCGGGUGUUCCGAAACGGCGAGGAAUUGCCCUGGCUGCUAAAUGACGACAAUUAUGACUUCAACUAUCAGCAGGUCCGAGUCUUUCGGGAACACAUCACCCUUUAUCCUGGAGAUCAACUCAUAAUUGAAUGCGACUACGAUUCCUCGGGUCGGGAUUCUGUGACGGUGAGUGGUUUUGGAACCACGGAAGAGAUGUGUAUGGCAUUCUUGCAGUAUUAUCCUGCUCUGAAUGUUGCUGCCUGCAACAGUUAUCCCAACUUUGAAGCGGUGUUCUCUCUGUUCGGCAUCACUGACGUCUGGGUCGAUCAGGACGAGGGUUAUGAAUACAUGGUGUCGGAGAACCAGACCCUGGUGGACUAUUUGAACGAGUUCGAUUGGUCGGGCAUCGACAUGGAAGGCUUCCAGGACCUCAUGCGUUACGAUCCUCAUUAUGCUCGGUGCAUCAGCAACAGGGGGGAGCUCAUCCUUGCGUGGAACCCUGGAUGCCUCCCGGACGAGAAUGUCCGUCUGGCAAAUGAAACCUUUCAGAGUGUCCGCUGA